AUGACUCAGGAGUUCUCGCUGCUGCACCACUUGGGUGUGUCCGUCCCCGAUCGCGCCUCCCCAACGCCGCAGGUAACCGGAAGCCGCGACGGCAACUACCGUGUGCUGGCGCCAUGCAAGCGUCCGCCCGUGAAGGAAGGAACAGCUGCAGAAAGGUCUACAAAGCGCCGCAUUCCCACGGCACCGCUCGCCGAUUUUGCCGGUGAGGUGGUGGAAGUGAGGGGGAGAAAGAAUCAAGCGGAUACCGACUACAUAAUAUAUAACGCGAGGGUACCGUCGAUUGGGGCCGCUAACAUGCAGCUGAUAACAGAGGGACAAAAGCGACGUACGGAGGAAUCCCUUUACCAACUUUCCCCCAAUGUUGAAUAUCUUCAACCGCACCAACGCAGUGAUGCGGCCCAAAGACGGCUCCUAACCAUGCUGCAGAACGCUAACAGGGAACAGGCCCAGCGCAAGCUGGAGGAAAAACAGCGAGAACGGCAGAGACGUCUGGAGCGCGAGACGGCAGAAUUAAAAAGGAUUGAAGCAAGUACCGUAAAGGAUGAUUUUGCUAUUGCGGAGAAGAAGGCAGCCGAACGUGAGUAUCUGAAACAGGCCGCCCUGGAGGCAGUGGAACGCAAGAAGCAACGUGCUGCUGAGGCCAACUCCCGUGGUGAAGUCACCUGCACGGCCUUUCCCUGGGAUAAUCCUCCACAGGACGGGUCGCGAAUGCGGACGCAGUGCUUGGCCUUGGUGGAUGCGAACCGAGAGCUUGCCGAGCAGGCGAAACAGAGAAAAGAGCUGACUCAGAUGAAGGAAAGAGCGAAGGAGAACGCCGCCGUGGCUAGGACUCAGGCACUGAUUGGAGAAGAAAGGAUACGUGAAUUGAGAAAGAAGAAUGAGCUCAGAGAAAUGCGAAGAUGCAAGAGUGCUGAGCCUUAUGAAACCCGUGCAGCGCAACAAGUUGGAUACGACGGGAGUUAUGAUUAUUGGUUUGCGCGUUCAAGGAGUGAUGGGUAUGCCCGGCGAGAAAAGGAGCUAAAGCUGAGGGAGGAAAACAGGCGUCUCGCUGACGAGGCGAGGAAGCGACAGGCCGAAGAAACGGCGCGGAGGGUGCAACAAGAAAAGGAGAUGAUGGCGAGAGUGGCACGGUUCGAUCGGGCAGAAAGUCAUCGCCAAUUGGCUGAGAAGCGCAGACAGCAAGAGCUGGUCUCCAAGGCGGCGCUUGAGGCCAUUUCACGACGCAGAGCUGGGGCGCAAGCGCAUCGGCACAAGUCACUGCGCGAAGAUCUUUUCUUCUGUUGCGAUGAUUCUAAGAUUGCGAAGGAGAAACGGUGGAAGGAGCGGUGCUAUUACGACGACCUGAAGAAGUUCAUUACCACCGCACAGGAGACGCGUGUCGGCGAAAAGGAGCGCGAUGUGGCGCGAGAGAAGCGUCUCGUUCAGGAUGCCAAUGCCGCAGCGAGGCGCGACGCGAAGAGAUACCGGGAAAGGGCGGCACAAAAACAGGAGAGCUACCGAAUGGCGCUGCAAGGCCAAAUUGAAUCCAGGAAAGUUAACGGGGAACGUCGGUCCAUUGCGCCGCACCGUGGGCCUGAGAUGCGGGUGUUGUUCCGCUGCCCUGUGACGGGGAAGUUGCUGACGCCGGACCAGUUCGGCGUGACAUCUCCUUAUUCUUUUGGAUCUCGUCGGACCCUGUAA